UAAAUCUGGGAAAGCAAAUUGGGAUCCUGUUGCCCAUAAAAUUUUCCUUGACAUUUGUGUUGAAGAAGUGAAUGCAAAUAACCGUUCUGAUGCACAUUUGAGCCCAAUUGGGUAUGAAAAUAUGAUAAGGAAGUUCAAUGAGCGGACAAACAGAAAUUAUGUUCGCAAGCAAUUCAAGAAUAGGUGGGAUUUACUUAAAAAAGAGUACAAUUGUUGGAAGACGUUGAACCAAAAGGCAUCUGGCAUUGGAAUAGAUCCUGUUACUAGGAGCAUUGCGGCUACCGAUGAAUGGUGGGCGAAUGAGAUACAGAGGAAUGAGAUUGCCGCCAAGUUCCGAUAUGCUCCAUUAGUUGAUGAGCAAAGAAUGAGUUUUAUAUUUGAUGACCAUAGUGUGACGAAUGCAUAUGCAAGGGUCGCAACUCCCUCGUCUCAAGUUGAUGCUUCUCAAAUUAACAUUGAAGAGGGUAAUGAGGACGGCUCGGGAUGUGAGUUAGAUGUUAACCAAGUUACACCCACCAAUGUUUCAUCUAAAGGUCGAAAGAAGAGAUCAUGUCCUUAUUCACCGAGUCCCAAGAUGGUCCAAAAGGCGGCAAAAGAUAGUGAUGAUAAAAUGGUAUUUAACCGUAUGGUUGACCUUUGGGAGAGGAGGGAGAUUAGCCGCAAUUCGGCGACGUCUCAAACAAAUGUGGAUCAUGUGAGAGAUGAGAUAAAAGAGAUGACGACCAUGGUGGUGAACGAUGGAGGUCGUCCUGGAAGUGAUGUGUAUUUCUAUGCUCUACAACUGUUUACGAAGAAGGAACAUCGUGAUGUGUUCAGUGCCCUCAAGGAUGAGACUGCUAGUGUGAGGCUUGAAUGGAUCAAGAGGACAUGGGAUCUCUUUAUGAAAAAAGAUUAGAACUUCUGUGAUGUUAUUUUCUUUGAACAAAAUUACUUGCUAUCGACUUGUACUGUCGUGAACCUAUGUUUUGUUUGGAACCUCUUGUUUGCACUCAGAUUGUAAUAUAGGGA